AUGAAAAAUAGAACAUCAGUGACAGAUUUCAUCCUCCUGGGUCUGACUGACUAUCCAGAACUAGAGGCUGUGGUUUUCUUCUUUUUAUUUCUCACAUAUGUACUGAGUGUCACUGGAAAUCUCACUAUCAUCCUUCUUACCCUGCUGGAUUCCCACCUGAAGACCCCCAUGUAUUUUUUCCUCAGGAAUUUCUCUUUCUUAGAAAUUUCAUUUACUUCUGUCUGUAAUCCUAGAUUUUUGAUCAGUAUCCUAACAGGAGACAAAUCUAUUUCCUAUAACGCUUGUGCAGCUCAGCUAUUUUUCUUCAUCCUCCUGGGUUCAACAGAGUUUUUUCUUCUGGCCUCUAUGUCCUAUGAUUGAUAUGUGGCUAUCUGCAAACCUCUACAUUACACAACCAUCAUGAGUAACAGGAUCUGCUACCAGCUUGUAGUCGGCUCUUGGCUGGCUGGUUUCCUGGUAAUCUUUCCACCACUGGCCAUGGGUCUGCAGCUGGACUUCUGCGACUCCAACGUCAUUGACCACUUCACUUGUGAUUCCGCCCCUUUGCUGCAAAUCUCUUGCACAGACACGAGUUCUCUAGAGCUCAUGAGCCUUGUUUUAGCUGUGCUUACUCUCAUGUCCACUUUGAUGUUAGUAAUUCUCUCCUACUCUUACAUCCUCAGAACAAUUCUGAGAAUCCCCUCAGCUCAACAAAGAAAAAAGGCCUUCUCAACCUGCUCCUCCCUUAUGAUUGUUGUCUCUAUCUCUUAUGGAAGCUGCAUCUUCAUGUGUGUGAAAACAUCAGCAAAGGAAGGAGUUGCUUUGACAAAAGGGGUAGCUAUGCUCAAUACUUCUGUUGCUCCUAUGCUGAACUCAUCUAUUUACACCUUAAGGAACCAGCAGGUGAAACAAGCAUAUAAGGAUGUUGUGAGAAAGAUACUUUUCUCAAUAGGAUUGAUCUGA